GUGUGUGUGUAUCAUGCAUAUGAUCUCAUUGUAUAUAGCUAAACACUACAGUCUCAGUCAGUACUUGAAGUUAAUAUUUUCUUUCUAUCUUUAUUUAGGACAUUAACUUAAAUUAGAGGCUUUUAUUAUAUUUAACUUUUUGGACCAGGACUUUACAAACCACUGACUGGCAUCAUACUGCUUCAAGUAUUUUAACUACAAAGAUUCUUCUAACAUAUUUUCUUGUUUCAUUGCUCAGGUUUGGAUCAGGAACUUCAUUCCACCUGAUCUCUUCAGGAGGUCAACCAUACUCCUCAAAUUUCUGUCCCCUUGUCCCCCUCCAAGGCAGCAGUCAUGAAUUGGAAUUGGCUGGAGGACCUCAUCAGUGGGGUCAACAAUUACUCCACAGUGUUCGGUCGGGUCUGGCUCUCAGUGGUCUUCAUCUUCCGGGUGAUGGUGUUUGUGGUGGCGGCUCAGCGAGUGUGGGGUGAAGAGAGCAAAGAUUUUGAAUGCAACACUAAACAGCCAGGCUGCACCAACGUGUGCUACGACCACUUCUUCCCCAUCUCCCACAUCCGCCUGUGGGCCCUGCAGCUCAUCUUCGUCACAUGCCCGUCGCUGAUGGUUGUUGCCCAUGUCAAAUAUCGAGAGAUGAAGGACUUAAAGUACACCACCACCCAUGAGGGUAAACACGUGUAUGCCCGCCCUGGGAAGAAACGUGGAGGGCUGUGGUGGACAUACCUGGU